AUGUGGUUGGUGCGGAUACUGCCUUUGCUGGGUGUAAUGGCCCUGUUUCCACUAUUGGGUUACUUUGGAGAAAGUGUGGCUGGCAGUGAUCUGAGCUACGGGGACUUUUACGGCAAUGCCAGCGCGAGAAUGCUUCGAUUCCGCGACUUUGAGCCUCGUCAGCACAGCGGAAGAAUGGAACUAACUUUGGAAGAAGAUGAAAGUCCCCAGUUGGAGCGCGAGGGUCGUGGCUUCCAUUUCCAUGCCAGCGGCGAGGAUGUCAGUGUGGAACUGGAGUUCAUAGUGCCCUUUCUCAAUCCCGUGAAGAGGAGCAUGAAACUGGCCCGAGAUGCCGUCCAGAGCAUCCUUAAUUUGCGAACCGGGGCUAUUAUAAAUACAGCAGUCGUCGUGGCCGCAGGAGCUGUGAUUGCAGCGGUGGUUCGAUUACUUAUAGCCCCCCGUAUCACUUCUGUGGCCAGUGGCUAUGGCUAUAAGUCUGACCCAGACAGAGGCAUGCGCCGGCUAACUGAUGUGGUGGAAUCCCAGCUAGAGGAGCAUAACAUCGAUAUGUCCAUCUGCGUACAGCGUAUGAUCUGCCAUUAUCUGCAGCAAAACACAUCUUCCGGAUAUGCCAGGGUCCUAAAUGUAUUGACCAGCUCCCCUUGGCUUCAUUCUUUUGUGGACGGAACUGCAGUUUUCCAUGCCAUCCAAUCCGCUAGGAGCAAUCGCAGUUGCACCCACACAUAUCGCAGUUGCAAAUGGCCAAAUCACUUAGACUGGAAAUCUGGGGGUUUACCUCAGGUUCUUAAGUUCUUUAAUGGAUGA